CUGGCAGUGUGUUGCUAGAUACUCACACUUCACGGCUGAGCAGCUGUCUUUUUAUGGCGGGCACCAAACAUCAGUCUAGAUCCGUUGUAAGGUAGCCGUUUCUAAGCACUCCUGAGUCCUCACUCACUUCUUGGUGGCACGCCACAGCAGCUGAGCACCUAAGCCUGCUGGCUGCCUGGUCUCCAGAUGGACGCCACGGCGGUGCGGGCACGCCUGCCCUGGGCCUGCAGUCCGCAGACCUGCCAAGGAUCCCUGCACCCGCCCAACGGCAGCUGGCGAUUAGGCCCAACGUCGCUGCUGCUCCUUGUGGGCUCCAAUCGGCGGACCCCCAUCUUGCGAGGAGGGCUGUCUCGCACAGGAGGACUCACGUGCACCCGAAGCUCGCUGCCUGGUGGUGCCGCUGAGCAGUCCAGGGUGAGAAAACAGAGGAGGAGGACGGCCUGCACCGCAACUGCUGAUGAAUCUUCGAGCGGCGGGCCUGAGGAGAGCACCGCUGAUGGAGGCAGCCAGAGCAGCAGGCCAGGAGUGCACUUGUAUGAAACGGAGGAGGGCAACCUGGUCCUGGUUGACAGCGAGUCUGCUACAUUGAACGCGGCACCAUCAGGCAGUGCGCCGGAAGCCAGUGAGCCGCCAGACGGGCAGCGGGGCCCGGUGGGAACGGCUGCAGCGGAGGCCCCGGGCGGCAGCCAGGAGUUCAUCCUGCAGGUGCACAUCCCGCGGCCCCCCUCGGCUCAGCAGCUGCAGCACACAUUCGAGGCUGCGGCGCGCGCAGUGCGCCGUAAUGCUGUGGCGGCCUGGCUGCUGAACCUGCCAGCGGCCGCGCGGCGACGGCGGCUGGAGCGGCUGGAGGCCGCGGCGGACGAGGACCCGCGCAACGCAGAGAAGGAGGCCUCGUACCUGCUGGAGCUCAACAGGAGCUCCCCCGCAGCGGUGAUUGAGCGCUUUGAGAAGCGCGAGCACGCAGCGGACAGCGGCGCAGUGGUGGAGUACCUGCGCGCGCUGGUCAGCACGGACGGCAUCGCGCGCUACCUGCCCAGCGACAAGGAGGGCAGGGGGGCCACACUGCCCGCGCUGCUGGAAGACUUGAGUGCGCGCGCCGCCGGCGAUGCCCCCCCCCCCACGCCGGGCCUGUCGGAGCAGGUGCCCCUACACGUGGUGAUCAAGGGGGACAAGAAGGUGGAGGCGGGCCCCACGCGGCUGCUGCGCGCGGUGGUGGGCCGGCUGCUGCUCUUCUCCCUGGUGGGCGUGGCGUGGGUGCUGGCCGCCGCCUGGAUCCGCAAGAACGUCAGCCUCAGCGUGAGCCAGUCCGCAGCAGGGGGGGCGGCGACCGCGGGGAACUACGCGCCCAAAGAGUACAACAAAGAGAACCUACCGGAGAAGAGCGUGAAGACGUUUGCGGACGUGAAGGGGUGCGACGAGGCCAAGGCGGAGCUGGAGGAGAUCGUGGAGUACCUGCGCAGCCCCGCCAAGUUCACGCGCCUGGGGGGCAAGCUGCCUAAGGGGGUCCUGCUCACAGGCCCCCCCGGGACGGGCAAGACGCUGCUGGCCAAGGCGAUUGCGGGGGAGGCGGGGGUGCCCUUCUUCUACCGGGCAGGCUCGGAGUUCGAGGAGAUGUUUGUGGGCGUGGGUGCUCGUCGCGUGCGCGCGCUGUUUGCGGCGGCCAAGAAGAAGGCGCCGUGCAUCGUGUUCAUUGACGAGAUUGACGCGGUGGGCGGCAGCCGCAAGCAGUGGGAGAGCCACACGCGCAAGACGCUGAACCAGCUGCUCGUCGAGAUGGACGGCUUCGAGUCCUCCGACGGCAUCAUCGUCCUCGCCGCCACCAACCUGCCCGAGACGCUCGACGCCGCGCUCACCCGGCCCGGCAGGUUCGACCGACACGUGGCGGUGCCCAACCCUGACAUCAAGGGCCGCACCGACAUCCUGGGCCUGUACCUGGCCGGCAAGCCGGUGGCCGCCGACGUGGACGUGGGCGUGCUGGCGCGUGGCACCGUGGGGUUCAGCGGCGCAGACCUGGCCAACCUCGUGAACGUGGCCGCCGUGAAGGCCGCGGUGGACGGCACGCCCGUCAUCGGCGCGGAGCAGCUGGAGUACGCCAAGGACAAGAUCAUGAUGGGCGCCGAGCGCAAGUCCGCCGUGCUCUCCGAGGAGUCCCGCAAGCUGACGGCCUACCACGAGAGUGGGCACGCGGUGGUGGCCAUUCACACCUUGGGCGCCCAGCCGAUCCACAAGGCGACCAUCACGCCGCGCGGGAACGCGCUGGGCAUGGUGACGCAGCUGCCGGACAAGGACGAGGACAGCGUCAGCAUGCGCCAGAUGCUCGCGCGCCUUGACGUCUGCAUGGGCGGCCGCGUCGCAGAAGAGAUGAUCUUCGGAGCCGACCAGGUGACGAGCGGUGCGCGCAGCGACUUGAAGCAGGCGACGAACCUGGCGCGGCACAUGGUGACGGAGUGCGGCAUGAGCGACGUGGUGGGGCCCAUCUUCGUCGCGGACAGCCCGGGGGGCGACUUCCAAAAGAAGAUCGACGGCGAGGUCAUGCGCCUGCUCAAAGAGGCCUACGCGCGCGUCCGCAGCCUGCUCGCCAAGCACGAGAGCGACCUCCACAAGUUGGCGCAGGCGCUGCUGGACCGGGAAACGUUGACUUCGAAAGAGAUCCAGGACCUCAUGAAUCCGGAGAAGCUGAUCGAGGACGUGCACAUACAGCAGGUGAAGCUGCCUUCGGCGGUGACUUGAUUACUCCUUUUGUUGAGUAGCCGUCCCAAGAAUUGCGAAAUCUGAUUCUGAUUGACGGAGUCGCUCAGCGGUUGUGUUUCCCAACGUUUGAGUAUCCUUGUAUAGAACUUGUUGGAGAUCGAUUUUGCACACUGUGGCGGUCGCACACUAAAUUGUGCAUGCCAAACUGAUAACAACGGUCUUUGGUUGUAUUUAAAUAAACGAACCAUUGAACUUGCAGUACCCAACUUUCUCAGUUGUGUAGUUCCGCCCAGGCUUUUCAAAAUCUGCAUGAAACUCAUGGCAACAUUG